AUGAGCCUUGACGAUCCGCUGUCUCUUUUGGCCAUACAAAAGGCCUAUUUUGCCCAGCGACUCAAGGAGAUCACCUCCAUAGGUGGUCUUUUCGCUUUGGUGCUCGAUAAGCAAACAGAGGCGUUGCUCCUUAGGCUAUUCUCAAAGGACGCCUUGCUUCGAAUCGUCACCACCAUUGACCAGAUCGACGCCCCUCGUAAACUCCAGCUGUUUCUCCAGGCCAUUUAUUUGGUUGAUCCGCUGGUUUACAAUCUCAAUUGCAUUUUGGCUGAUGUCAAGGUCAGCAGAUACAAGAUGGGCCACGGGUUAUUUAUACCCUUUUCCCAGUGGGAAACUGAGAGUUUGCGCUACUUCCAGUCCGCCAAGUUUAUGGGCAACCCUGAAGUCAUGAGCUACUUUGGCGGCGACGGCUCCACCGCCUGCUUCGUCCAGGCGUCCAUGUAUCCCUUGGAGUCCAAGGUGUUUCUCACCAACAAUGUCCCUUACAACUCCAUGCCGGUGUACUUCAACGACAACUGCAGUGAAAUGGUGUUGCCGCAGAUCCGUAAGGCCGCCAAAGCCAUUGUCAACGCCAUCAUUGUGGCCGAGGAGUACCCACUCAUACGUUUCUAUGCCCUGCCUAAGGCAACUCACCAGGCAGCCCGUUUGCCUGAGCUUAUCGCUGACGAGGUCCAGCGUCAACUAGACGACUACCUCCGUGCCAACACAGACUAUCCACCCAAAGCCACGCUAGAGAAGCCCAGAGCUAUUCUUCUAGUGACGGACCGUUCCAUGGACUUGUUCGCACCUCUCUUGCACGAGUUCUCGUACCAAGCCAUGGCCAUGGACAUUGUGGAAAGUUUGGAGAGAGAAUGCGUCUACAGGUACGAGGCGGAAAACGAGAAGGGUGAACAGCAGGAAAUGAAGUCUGACUUGGACGCAGAAGAUGACGACCUCUGGAUCUCGCUCCGUCAUAUGCAUAUCAUCGAGGCCUCCGAGUUGAUCAUCAACCGUAUCAAUGACCUUAUCAAAAACAAUCCGAUGAUGGUCGAUCGUAGCAAGGCCAAGACCUCUUCUGACUUGAUGUACGUCGUUGCCCACUUACAUGGCUUCGAUGAGGAACGUCGCCAGGUCACCUUGCACAAGACACUUAUCGACGAGAUUUUGGAUAUCAACGCUUCCAGAAAGUUGGCUGAGUUUGCUGCCGAUUUUGAACAGACCUGCUGUGCAGAGGGAACCUCUUUCGAGGGCAUCCACAACAAAAAGUUGCAUGAAGACUUGAUCGUCUUGCUCGCCCGUGAGGACUUGCACGUCAACGACAAAAUGAGACUUGUUCUUAUUUACGGGCUCUACAGAGGCGGUCUCGCUGAGUCUGACUUUGUCAAGCUCGCUAAAUUCAUUGGUGUCAAGAACACGCAGAUUGUGUCUCUUGUGCUGAGAUGCUUCUACAACCUCCACAAGCUUGACUUCCCUAUUGUCAAGAAAUCUGUCAAGGACAAGAAAGUGGAGCGCCAGUUCUUCCACACCAUCAAUAAUGAAGGCACCUACAACACGUCGAGAUUCGCACCGGGUCUAAAAAGAGUACUUUACAAUGCUGCCAAGUACGAAUUGGAUGAGGACUGGUUUCCUUACUUCCGUGACAAGCCAAUUGCCGAGGAUGUGCCCAAGGGCAAUGGUCUCAACUCAGGCUUGGACAAGACCAAUUCGGUCAGAAACCCUAGAGUUAAGGCCUCCUGGGCUCCUUCCGGGUCAAGGCACGGUGCCACGCCCAAGAAUAAUAAAAACAAACAGCGCAUCUUCUGCUAUGUUGCGGGUGGUGUAACAUACUCAGAAAUGAGGCUGGUCUACGAGCUCUCGCAGGCGCUUGACAAGGAUAUCUACUUGGGUUCUGAGUCCGUUCUCAAGCCCAGAGAUUUCUUAAUCGGACUUCAGAACAUCGAUGGAGUGAAGCAGCCGGAACAGCUUGAAAUCCCACUUUACGAUGAAGUGACUAGACCUCGGACGCGGGCGCCCUCGUAUUUGUUCGAUGUGCCAAAACCUCCCUCCCAGCAGCCAUCUUCUACGCUGUCGCGUACUCCCUCGGCACCAUCAACUCAAAGCAUAAAACAACCGCCACAGCAGUUGGCCCAAUCCGGAUUUGGCUCUUCCAGCCCCAAUCCCGAAUUGCCUCCAGACACAAUUGGAGCUAACACGCCGCUGCACUAUCAGAAACGGACUAAUCAGUACAAAGGAGCGAUCUUGCCCAAUGUCUUGGACGGGCUUGCCAAGUUGCCGUCCUUUGGUGAAAAUUCCAAGUCUCUGGCGCUGUCGCUUUAUCAAGUGGCAUCUCAUGGAAACCACUCCCUGCCAUAUUUCCCAGGUCCCACGGCCUGGCUGUCUUGUCGAUGUGCUGAUGGAUGGGGUCCCCUCUCCUCAAGGUACAAUGACUUGACUCCAUGCUUUUUGCAAGGCAUCUUGUACGUUCUUGCCGGUGUGCUCAUGGUAACGGUCAGUGCCCACCAGCUUUACCAGUUGUACCACAGAAAAAUCACCUCGGGCAACAAGGCUAACUUGCCUUACUACACUAGACUCGGGCUCACGGUCUUGCAAUUUGCGUUCUCCAUACUGCUAUUUCUUUCCUACCUGGAGCCAUUCGAUAUCAUCAAGCUUGGCUUGCUUUUGAACAUUGCAUCCCUAGUACUAGCUUUCGGUCUUCAUUAUCUUGAACACUUCAAGGCCACCAUUUCGUCUGGCGUUUUGCUUUUCUACUGGCUUUUCCAGGUGUUCUUCAACCUCGGCAGAAUCAUCAACUUGAACUUGAGACACGAGAAGCUGAACAACUUCUUCGCCAUUUCGAUCUUGGCCACCAUUAAUGCAUUCAUCGUGCUUCUUCUUGAGAAUUACUUCCCUCCGCUUUCCAGCCAGCCAUACGCUAAGCAACUUAGUAUUGCUCCUUACGAUAAGGCUAACGUCUUCUCUCGUAUUGCGUUCAACUGGAUGGCCCCAUUGAUGAAGAAGGGUUUCUACCAAUUCUUGACUGAGAAGGACUUGCCUUUUUUGCCAUCUGAGCUCAAGUCAGGUACAGCUGCUGAUAAAUUCUACCACUACUGGAACGCUAAACCUAACCCAUCUUUGUUCUUCACUUUGGCCAAGGCUUUCGGUGUGCCUUUCUUGAUUGGUGGUGCUUUCAAGGGUCUUCAAGAUGUUCUUGCUUUCUCCCAACCCCAAUUGCUUAGACUUUUGAUCAGCUUUGUCAAUCAGUACUCCGACUCCUUGGAUAUCGGUGAGCCAAUUCCUCUCACCAAGGGAUUGAUGAUUGCAGUCGGUAUGUUCCUUGUUUCUGUGGUCCAGACCGCUUUCUUGCAUCAAUACUUCCAGCGUGCUUUCGAUUUGGGAAUGAAGAUCAAAUCGUCCAUGAUUUCAGUCAUCUACAACAAGGCUCUUGUGUUGUCAAAUGAAACGAAACAGCAGUCGAACACAGGUGACAUCGUAAACUUGAUGUCUGUUGACACCCAGAGAUUGCAAGACUUGGUGCAGAACUUGCAAAUUAUUUGGUCUGGUCCAUUCCAGAUCGUCUUGUGUUUGUAUUCUUUGCACGGCUUGUUGGGUAACAGUAUGUGGGCAGGUGUGUUCAUCAUGGUGAUCAUGAUUCCACUCAACGCUGUUAUUGCAAAGACUAUGAAGAACUUGCAGAAGACCCAAAUGAAGUACAAGGAUGCUAGAUCCAGAUUGAUUAGUGAGAUCUUGAACAACAUCAAGUCCCUUAAGUUGUACGGUUGGGAAGCCCCAUACAUGGAAAAGCUCAGCUUUGUCAGAAAUGAGCAAGAAUUGGGCAACUUGAGACGUAUGGGUUUGUUUGGCUCUCUUUCGACUUCGUCCUGGAGUAUGACUCCCGUCUUGGUCAGUUGUUCCACUUUCGCUUUGUUUGUCAUCAACAACCCUGACAAGACCUUGUCAACCGAUAUUGUCUUCCCAGCCUUGUCGUUGUUCAACUUGUUGUCCUUCCCCUUGGCUGUUGUCCCAAUGGUGAUCACUAACAUUGUUGAGUCUCAAGUCGCCAUCUCGAGAUUGACCAAAUUCUUGAACGGUAGCGAGUUGCAGGCCAACGCUGUCACAAACCUCCCAAAGGCAACCUCUGUUGGUGAUGUUGCUGUUUCUAUCAAGAACGGUACUUUCUUGUGGUCUAAACAGAAGGGUGAGGAAUCUUACAAGGUUGCCUUGUCCAACAUCAAUUUGUCCGUCAAGAAAGGUGAAUUGGAUUGUAUUGUUGGUAAGGUUGGUUCCGGUAAAUCAUCGAUCAUUCAGUCUCUUUUGGGUGAUUUGUACAAGCUUGACGGUGAAGUAAAGGUCCGUGGUAAGGUUGCUUACGUUUCACAGGUUCCUUGGAUUGUCAACGGUACAGUGAAGGAAAACAUCUUGUUUGGUCACAAGGAAGAUCCUGAAUUCUACCAAAAGGUUUUGAAAGCAUGUGCGCUUACCGUUGACUUGAAGAUCUUGCCAAAGGGUGAUAAGACCGAGGUUGGUGAAAAGGGUAUCUCUUUGUCUGGUGGUCAGAAGGCCAGACUUGCAUUGGCUAGAGCUGUCUACGCAAGAGCUGAUGUCUACUUGUUGGAUGACCCAUUGUCUGCCGUUGAUGAGCACGUUGGAAGACACUUGAUUGACAAUGUUUUGGGUCCCAAUGGUCUCUUGAAGUCCAAGUGUAAGGUUUUGGCAACCAAUGCUAUUCACGUGUUGUCUAUUGCUGACAACAUGCACAUGGUAAAGGAUGGCACUCUUGUUGAACAGGGUACUUACUUGGAGAUCAUGUCACAAGAGAGAAGUCAGUUGCGCCAGCUUAUUCUUUCAUUUGGUUCUAAGAGGGGUGAUGACUCGACUGUUCCAUCUUCCUCUGCUACGUCAGUAAGAAACUCCGAUUUGGAAGAUCUCAAAGACACUGACAACCUUGCCAGCUCUGAGAACACUUCGGAUUCUGAAAUCCGGAGUUUGAGAAGAGCUUCAGACGCUACUUUGAUCACAGAUGAGGAGCGCUUGCUUCGCCUGGCUGAUGAUGAAGAGGAGGAAGAAGAUGAGGACACCAAGGCUAGAAAAGAGCAGUAUCAGCAGGGCAAGGUCAAAUGGGACGUGUACAGACAAUAUGCUAAAGCAUGUGGCCCAUUCAACGUUAUCAUCUUUUUGGCUUCCACAAUUGUUUCGAUGACCUUCAAUGUGAGCUCCAACGUUUGGUUAAAGCACUGGUCUGAGGUCAACACAGAGAAAGGUUACAAUCCUGCUUUGGUCAAGUAUUUGGGUAUCUACUUCCUCUUGGGAUUCUUGUACUCUGUCAGUAUGAUGUCCCAGAUGAUUAUCAUGUGGAUUUUGUGUACCAUUCAUGGAUCGAGGAAGAUGCAUAAUGAUAUGGCGGCCAGUGUUUUGAGAGCCCCUAUGUCAUUCUUUGAGACGACCCCCAUUGGCAGAAUCUUGAAUAGAUUCUCCAAUGACAUCUACAAGAUUGAUGAGAUCUUGGGUCGUGUUUUUGCUAUGUUUUUUACCAAUUCGGCUAGAGUCUUGUUCACCAUCCUUGUCAUCUGUUACUCAACAUGGCAAUUCAUCUUUAUUGCUGCUCCAUUGGGAAUCUUGUACGUCUAUUACCAGCAGUACUAUUUGAAGACCUCGAGAGAGUUGCGUCGUUUGGACUCUGUGUCUAGAUCCCCAAUCUUUGCCAACUUCCAGGAAUCUUUGAAUGGUGUCUCCAUUAUUCGUGCUUAUGGCCAAGUUGAAAGAUUUAAGUUCUUGAACCAGGCAAGAAUUGAUAAGAACAUGAGAGCAUACCAUCCCUCCGUGAAUGCCAACAGAUGGUUGGCUGUGAGACUCGAGUUCUUGGGUUCCGUCAUUAUUUUGGCAUCCUCUGGAUUGGCUAUUUUGACUUUGAAGUCGAGCGGCAUCAGUGCCGGUUUGGUCGGUUUGUCUGUGUCUUACGCAUUGCAGAUUACUCAGUCCUUGAACUGGAUCGUUAGAAUGACUGUUGAAGUUGAGACAAACAUCGUGUCUGUCGAGAGAGUGCUUGAAUACUCCGAAUUGACUCCCGAGGCCCCCGAAAUUAUCGAGAACAACAGACCACCAGCAUCGUGGCCCGAGAAGGGUGAGGUCAUCUUCAAGAACUAUUCCACAAGAUAUAGACCAGAGUUGGACUUGGUCUUGAAGAAAAUCAACCUUAAGGUGAAGCCCCAUGAAAAGAUUGGAAUUGUUGGAAGAACAGGUGCAGGUAAGUCUUCUUUGACUCUUGCUUUGUUCAGAAUCAUCGAAGCUGCCGAGGGAAACAUUGAUAUCGAUGGCCUUGAUACAAGCAAGCUUGGUUUGCAAGAUUUGAGACAUAAGCUCUCAAUUAUUCCACAAGAUGCUCAAGUCUUCGAAGGUACUAUCAGAGAAAACUUGGAUCCUUCGAAAUCUUUCACAGACGAGAACAUCUGGAAGGCUUUGGAAUUGUCUCAUUUGAAGGACCAUGUCCUCAAGAUGUACAAUGAGAGAGAUGAGGACGACAAGGACAUGAAGGAUGGCUUGGAUGUCAAGAUGACAGAAGGUGGCUCUAACUUGUCUGUUGGUCAAAGACAAUUGAUGUGUCUCGCAAGAGCAUUGCUCAUCCCAUCCCAUAUUCUUGUUUUGGAUGAGGCCACAGCAGCUGUUGAUGUUGAGACAGACCGUGUGUUGCAAGAAACCAUCAGGAAUGAGUUCAAGGACAGGACUAUCUUGACGAUCGCCCACAGAUUGAACACUAUCAUGGAUUCUGACAGAAUUGUUGUUCUCGAGCAAGGAGAAGUUGCUGAGUUUGAUACUCCAGAGAACUUGUUGAAGAAUAAGGACUCCUUAUUUUAUGCCUUGUCUAAGCAAGGCGGUCUUGUCGAUGAAGAAGAGACGACAGAAAAGGCCGAGUGA